AUGUUCCCGUGUGUCCACAGGUGUGUUCUGCAGCUGAAGGAGGCGGAGCUUACACACAGAUCUGCUCUGGAGCAGAAGGAGGAGCAGUUCAGGUCCUUCAAAGACCGAGUGGCAGAGAAUGUUCUUCUCUCGUCAACAACAGAAAACACUGAGAACAUGAACAGUCCAGUGAACCGGAGCCGCCUCACAGAGAUGUACCAGCAGCUGAGAGUGUGUGUGUGGCCUCACAUCAACUGGACACAGCCCGAGCACCGGGCCAGGUACCUGGUCCAGGUGGACACAUUCAGGCGCAGGGCUCUGGAGAACCUGCAGAUGGUGCUGCUGCACAGCAGUAAACAGCAGGUGUGUGUGAAGGCCUUCCCCUCUCUCUCUGGACCAGAACUGGACUUGGCCUCAGAGUGUUACUGGUUGGGUUGUCUGAUGGCUCUGCACUCUCCUCCUCUGCAUCCAGACUGGGACAGAGGGUCUGGACUGGUCUUCCCACGGGACAUCAGGGACUGA